AUGAAUGUUUUUGUAAUGAAAAAGCACAAAAACGUUCGAUCAACCUCAACCACAAAAAGGUGCCUCUUCGGGUAUAAUACAUCGGAGGCAAAGAAAGCGGCAUUGAAGAAACUAGAAUAUGUUCUUCUCGAACCACUGAGAGCAUCCUUGGGUACAUCGAAAACCUACCGCAAACGAACCAAAUAUUUGCCAGAUUUAUUUGGGGACACUCUCGAAAGCUACCCUCGUCGGGUUUUCAUAGAUGUAGGCUCGCCGGAGAAAGACGGCGGUAGCAGCAGCUGGUUUUACAAGCUCUACCCGACACGGAACAUGGAAUUCGAGAUGUAUAAGAUUGAGACACUGACCAAAGAGGCUUUGAAGAAAAAGGCAGUGCCAGAGAUGACGGGGAUGUCGGUUUGGUUGAUGAAGAACGUGAAGGAGGAAGAGUAUGUAGUGAUGAAGGUGGAGGCGGAGGUGGUUGAAGAUAUGGUGAAGAGCAAGGCAAUUAGAUUGGUGGAUGCACUGUUUUUUGGAAUGCAACCCUAA